AUGGAAGAGUCUGAUGCAGAGGGAUAUGUGUACUCUGAGGAAGAAUCUGAGAGUGAGAGAUUGAGGGAGGAGAGGAGGACCAAGAAGAGGAAUGACCCCAUUAGUAGUGAGAGUGAGCAAGGGGAGUUUGAGAUUGGAGUGAACCUUGUUCAAGAGGAGGGAAAUGGCUCUCCAAGUGAAGAAGGAAGUGAUGAGACUGAGAGUGAAGAGGAAGGAGAAGAGGUGAAUCAAUUGGUUGAGAAGCCCUUGGAAUCUUUGAGGAUGUGGAGCUUUCUCAAGAACAUGCACUUGGCCAAGCUUCUUCUCUUAUCACAUGGAAUCUACAAGGAGCUCACUUGCGAGUUCUUAGCUUCAAUGAGGUACCACAUGUAUGAAGAGGAAGAUAGAGCUGAUUUGGACCAAGGAUUGGGAUGGAUCACGUUCUUGGCUAAGGGAGAGAAGAGAAUGGUGACCUUUAGGCAGCUUGGAAUCUUGUUUGGGUUCAACUAUGGAGAGGGUACCAAGUGGAACUUCAAGGAAAAGGAACUCCAAAGGGUUUGGGCUACAAUCGCUGAUGGAGUGUACUCUUCCUCAAGGUCCAAGGCAGCUCAGAUCAGGAGCCCAGUCUUGAGGUAUGUGCACAAGGCACUUGCCAACACCUUCUUUGCAAGGAAGGCGACCGGGACCAUCAACGAGGGGGAACUCAAGUUUCUUGACAUGGGAAUCAAGCCCUUCUCUCACGCACAAGCGAUGGCAAGAGGAUCAGGGGAGAUAGAUCUGACACAGGGAACUUGA